GAAACUGCCGAUUUCGGAAACCUCUGCCCGACCGGUGAGAGCUUUCAUCUUUAAUUGCCGUUUUUAUAACUCUAAUCUCUCCUUUAAUUACCUCGUAAUUUUUUGAUUAUGUCGGAAAUUUUUUUUUUCUUAGGCUCUGAAAAAGUAGAGUGAAUUAGCACCCAAAUCAAAGGACUUUGCUAGCUUGCUGUCCCUCAGUUCUCUCUCUAGUUUCUCCUCUCUCUCUCUCUCUAGAUUUUCGAGCAGCCCAAAACCGGUGGGUUCUUGAAAAACUUCGCCGGAAGAUCAAGAACGGGUCCGGGGUUCCGGCGACUGAGAAGUUCUAUAGAAGCGGUAGGGAUAACUGGACUUUCGGUGCCUUGGAAUUUUAGCUGAAUCUCACUUUUGCUAGAAACCCAUUUGGGUAAAGCUGGAAAUUUUCGGACUUGUUUUUUUCCGACGGUGUUAAGCUGAGCUGAACCGCCGGGGAAUGUUUUCCGGUGACUGGUAAUUUUGUUCUCCAUAGCUGAUUACGAAACAGGGUUUUGCUAAGUAGCUUGGUUUAGUAUCUGGGUUGCGGUCAGAACUUGAUCGGAGCUGGUUGCGAGCGCAGAAAGCUAGCUGCAAUCGGAACCCUAGCCGGAAAGUUCAUAUCUUCAACUUUGGCCAACGAUAUGCGUAUGAUUUUCCCCUUUUAGCCGCUACAAAUUAAAGAACCACAAACUACUCCAUAGAUAUGCGGACUGACGCCGAUAAGAACGACUCCCCCGGGUCCGGCGAAGCCAGCGUUUCUUCCUCCGAGAACCAAGCAGCGCCGCCGCCGAAAGCAACCAGCAAGAAAAAACGAAAUCUUCCCGGAAUGCCAGAUCCUGAUGCGGAGGUUAUUGCGUUAUCGCCUAAGACUCUGUUAGCUACGAACAGAUUUGUGUGCGAAAUCUGCAACAAAGGGUUUCAGAGAGACCAGAAUUUGCAGCUUCACAGAAGGGGUCACAAUCUGCCAUGGAAGCUAAGGCAAAGGUCGAGCACGGAGGUGAAGAAACGAGUGUAUGUGUGCCCGGAGCCGACAUGCGUGCAUCAUCAUCCUUCAAGAGCUUUGGGCGAUCUCACCGGAAUCAAGAAACAUUUCUGCCGGAAACACGGCGAGAAGAAAUGGAAAUGCGACAAGUGCUCCAAGAAGUAUGCGGUUCAGUCUGAUUUAAAGGCUCAUUCCAAAAUCUGUGGCACCAAAGAGUAUAGAUGUGAUUGUGGCACUCUUUUCUCAAGGCGUGAUAGCUUCAUUACACACAGGGCCUUUUGUGAUGUAUUAGCAGAAGAGAGUGCUAAAGCUCAAGAUGAAGUUAUGGCUCCAAGUUGUGAAGAGGAGCCUAAGCCUGCAUCACCGCCGCCACCGCCACAGUCCCCACCGGCCCAACAACCUUCACCGCCACCGCCACCGCCACCACCAGUUGUUCCUCCGGCCACCACCAUCAUACCCUCUGUUCCAACUGUCAAAACUCCAGAGUUGCCGGGGAGUACCAAUCCAAAUCCAAACCCAAACCCAAGUGGAUCGAUGCCUAAACAAGUAGUAGAAGAAACGACUGUGAUAACGAGCUUAACUGGGAGCUGUAGCAGUAGUAGCAGCUCGAGCAGUAAAGUGAGUGGCAGUGUAUUCGCGAGCUUGUUUGCUUCAACGACUGCCCCGGGGAGUUUGCAACCUCAAACGUCUGGAUUUCCCGACUUAUUUCGACCCAUGGCUGCAGAGAGGGUGCCCGAAAUAGGCCCCCCUUUGUCUACCGAACCGAUAUCUCUCUGCCUUGCCAUGAGCCACGGUUCUUCGAUUUUCGGUCAAGAACGAAGGCAGUAUGCUCCAGCGCCCCAACCCGCUAUGUCUGCAACAGCAUUGCUACAAAAGGCUGCUCAGAUGGGUGCAGCCUCGUCAAAUUCGUCGUUGUUGAGGGGGCUCGAUAUUAUGUCCUCUACAACUUCGUCUUCUAACCCCGACCACGAGUUCAGAGGGAGGAGGCAACUUAUCGACACAGAUGGGGCUUCGUUGGCAGCAGGCCUCGGGCUUGGACUCCCAUGCGACGGGGGUUCUGGUCUAAAAGAACUCAUGCUCGGAACCCCAUCCGUUUUUGGUCCCAAGUAUCCCACUCUCGACCUUCUCGGGUUAGGAAUGGCGGUUAAUGGCACCCCAACAUCCGGUUUAUCUGCUCUAAUGACUUCGAUCGGUGGAAAUCUCGACAUGGCUGCUGCAGCAGGGUCAUUCGGGAGUAGCGAUUUCACUGGCAAGGACACCGGGAGAAGCUCGUAGUUUUGGUCAAGACGGGUUGUGUACAUUACCCAUUGAUAGCCAUUGCCAGGAUAGCCCUUUUAACACUGUUCAACUAUCUCUAAGAAGAGACAGAUCUUUGCUGUUUUAAUCUCCAAGAAGCAAAGGGUCUCUCAUAAAUGAAGCUGCAAUUUGGCUGUGAUGUACUAAUCAAUAAAAAACAAACUAUAUAUGAGUGAAAUUUUUGUGGGAAAUGUUCACCAUUUUGGAUGCCACUGUAACUAGAAUUGUUUUUUGUACCAGUAGAAAUAGUCAAGAGUUGCAAGAAGAAGUGUCAAUCUGAA